CAUUAAAGUCAACCGUAGAAGAAGAAGAAGCACAUUUACAGUCUAUGGUAGGGACGAGUAAACGAGAGUGUUAAGGUGAAUUUUGGACGAUUUUGUGAAAUGGCAGGUAAUUUGAAAGACAGAGAAGCUUACGAAAGACUGAACUAUCUUUAUCAGGCGGCUCAUUGUGUUUUAUCCAAUAAUCCGGAAAAUGCGGAGCUGGCUCGUUUCUACUGUUUCACACAGAAGACCAUAACGAGACGUCUAGUCCUCAGACAAGACCCGUCAGUGAAGAGGACGUUAUGUAAGAACUGCAGCUCCCUGCUCAUCCCCGGAGUGACGGCGACAACAAGACAACGAAGGAAAAACAAAAAGACGAGUUUCACCGUCAUGAGGUGUCUCAACUGUGGGAAAAGCAAGAGGCUACUGAAUAAUCCAGAUUACAGCCUAUGGGUGGAUCGUCCUGAGGCCCAGCUGGAGAAUCCGAAACAGCCAGGUGACAAAUUUUACCUUCACAUUGUUACCUAGUGUCACAGAGGAUGGUAACUAUCAGUAGCCCUUUUCAGACUGCUUUUCCGCAAAAGCGCCACAACUAAACUCAGCCGUCAUUACGUCUUUGAACAUUUAUACUGAUCCCGCUGUGGCAUAGUACUGGUGUCCCAGUCUGUAAAUCACAUGUGUUACUGUGUUGUGGAAGCACAGCACAGUGGGAGCUCCACAUACACUACAAGACAUGCACACACUGCUGUUCUCCCACGCUGGCUUCACUGAGUUGUCUCGCCUCUGUUACUACCUCUUAAGACGGUACACAGGGUGGAUCACAUUGUCCCUCCAUUACGCCUCAACGAAAUUCAUAUGGAAAGCAAAGUGGCACUGGGAUGUAAAUAUUGCGCCUUGAAACGGCAAUCUAAAUAGGGCUUGUGAUUAUGUAAGCAUCCAUACAUUGGGUCCCACCGUGUGAAAGCCCCUUCUUCCAGUUCACAUUCACAACUGGCUGUUUCAUGAUAGAAUGUUCACACACAUCGCUAUGCAUGACACGUGUUACUGCAGGAUACCUGUAGAGGGCGCACCAGAGAGCUCAGGCUGAAUGCAUCUAACUUCGAGUGAAUCAACAGCUUGUUAAGCAAAUUUUUUUUGGUAGCCAUGGUUUUGUAGAAAAACUUCAUCUGAGUAGUUCAGAGUAAGAAUCAAAGAAUGUUUGCUUAAUUAUUCCAAAAAGUUGUUUCCACGCUCCAAACUCAAAGCAAGUACAAAGAGAGUCCCACUGAGGACAUGAUGACUUGAAGACAGCCGUUUGUACCGACUGUAAACUUUGAGUCUUUUUUCACCCACAGAUCCAGCCCCUCCUGUUACAAAGAAGCCCAGAAACCCAAAGCCUGGUAGGUGGGCAGCACAGCAGCAGCUCUCCUCCUCUGGAAAAUGUGCAGCUUUAAUGUCAUUCUUAAGUUGUUGAUCCAUGAACAGGUGUGAUAUUAUCAAUUAAGCACCGAAAGUUAUGAACUCUGGUAGAUUUAGUACGUAGGGGUGCACGAUGAUAUUAGCACAUCAACAUAUAUAUAUACUUUUUUAAACAUUAAAAUGAUCAGUCCUGAAUAAAUCUCUACGCUGACAUUACAGGCUGAUACUAUGACUCUCUAACACUCAAAUAGUUUGCUUUUAAAACGCAGAAUUAAAAUCUGUCAUAUUGACGUGUAAUCUGAGUUGAAGUAGUUUGAUAAUUUGACUGUUGAAUGUGAACAUUUUGAAAACAUUACAGACAAAUGCAAAAAGUAGAAAUGAUCGUUUGUUGAUUCCACACCAGAGCGACUCGAUGGUCUCUGCAAUCAUGGAGAAAUAUGAAAAUAUAUCGGUAUUGAAAUAAUCAGUCUGGAUACCAUGGCGACAGAAAUAGAAGUCUUUAGGCAAAAAAUAUUGAUAUUUGUGCAAUUUAGGCAACGGACUCUUUGGGUUGAAGAAUAUGACUGAAGUUUAUUUAAAACCUUCUGUACUUUUGGAUUAUUUAAAUCAUUAAAAUAACAGACUUAAUUUUUUAAAACAUGAAUUGACAACUUUAGUAAGUCUUGAUAUCAGUGAUGGUAAAAAAAUAUCCAGUUGAAUGUGUUCCUAUGAGUGAGAUUUUGGCCUCUGUGAGAUCAGUCUGUAUUUUUUUCUGCUCUUUUGUUUAUGAUGCUACCAGCAGGUGGUGUCCUAAACACAGUUUUGAAAGGAACAAGUGUCAGUGAAGGUGUUAAAAGAUUUUUUUUAAAUGGAAAUCACAACUAGGAAGGAAAAUAAAAAAUUAGUUUUAUUAUUUUUCAUCAUGAAUAUUUUACAUCUCUGUACAGGCAUGUACAUGUUUCUGUAGCUGAAUAUGUUGACUGUUAACCAUCUGUUUCUGGGUAUUUAAAAGGUUGAUUUAAAAAAUAAAAACUUGUCUUCUUUCACA